AUGGACAUAACAGCAAUUCUAGCUGCUCUAGCAACGGCAGGCGGCUAUGUUUCACAGGGAGCUACGGUAAUUCAAUAUUUGAAAUGGAUCUACGACAACGACAAUACAAUCAACAUGAUUUAUUCCAAAGAUGGAAAACGUAUUACAUUUACAGCUGAAGAAACACCCUAUCGAGACUUAUUAACUGAACCACCUGGUGUGCAAAAGUAUGCUUAUGCUGUUAAAGGAAGGCGUAAAUUAUGUUUCAAAGUUAUUGAAAUUGAUAACAGUAAUGGAAAAUGUGAUAAGUUGUUAGAACAAAUUUCGACACGUUUUGCUGCUCGCCCUUCUGCAGUAACACAACUCGAAAUUUUGUCGUUUUUAACACAUAUGAUUGAAGAAUACUAUCCAGAUCAAGUAACGAGUUCGACGACACAGCUGGGAUCACG